GAAGAAGAACGGGCACGCACAUGCGCAGUGUCUGUCAAGUGUUGAGAGAGAAGAUGGCGGCGCCCAUAGACCUGGAGCUGAAGAAGGCAUUCUCGGAGCUGCAGGUGAAGAUGAUCGACACGCAGCAGAAGGUGAAGUUGGCCGACCUGCAGAUCGAUCAGCUGACUCGGGUUCAGAAACACGCCAAGCUGACUCACGCUGAGAUCACCACACUGCCCGACAACACGCGACUGUACGAGGGAGUCGGACGCAUGUUCAUUCUUCAGUCGAAGGAGGACAUCAACAAUCAGCUGAUGGACAAACAGAAAACAGCUGAUGAGAAAAUUAAAGAGCUCGAGCAGAAGAAGGUGUACCUUGAACGCAGCGUGAAAGAAGCUGAAGACAACAUCAGAGAGAUGCUGCUGUCAAGGAGAGCUCAGUGACACGCUCAUCAAGAACCUAUAAUACUCUGUAACACACACACACACACACACACACACACACACACACACGUUCCUGUCAGUGUGUUUGUUAGUUGUUCAUAUUAAAUGUUGAACCUUUUGUCUCCUCA